GAGAGGUCAUUAUUGUCUGCCAGAAGCUACAUAGCUGACUGCAGUCCCUCCUGGCCCGCACCAUGGCCAAGACCCUUGGUGAUCAUCUGCUAAGCACACUGGAGGAGCUGCUGCCCUAUGACUUUGAGAAGUUCAAGUUCAAGCUGCAGAACACCAGCCUGGAGAAGGGCCACUCUAGGAUCCCCCGGGGCCAUAUGCAGAUGGCCAGGCCAGUAAAGCUGGCCAGCCUCCUGAUAACCUACUAUGGGGAGGAGUAUGCUGUAAGAUUGACCCUGCAGAUCCUGCGGGCCACCAACCAACGCCAACUAGCAGAGGAGCUGCGCAAAGUCACAAGCACAGAACAUUUAACUGAAGAAAAUAGAAUUGGUGGUUCUGUCCAGUCUUCUGCAGAGAAUAAAGCCAAGAGUGUGAAGGUAUCAGAUGUCCCUGAAGGUGAUAGGACCCAGCAAAACAAUGAUGAAUCAGACCCCCUGCCACCCAGCCAGGCUGAAGUGGGGAAGGGACCCCAGAAGAAGUCACUGGCCAAAAGGAAGGAUCAGAGGGGCCCUGAGAGCCUGGACUCACAGACUAAGCCCUGGACCAGGAGCGCAGCGCCCCUCUAUAGGAGAACCCAGGGUACCCAGUCCCCAGGGGACAAGGAGAAUGCAAGUGCCCAGCUCCGCAGGAAUGCCAGCUCUGCAGGGAGGCUUCAAGGACUCUACAAUGUCCCAGGGAGGAGAGAAAGCAAGAGAGCUGAAGUGUAUGUGUAUUUGCCUUCAGGAAAGAAGCGACCAAGGAGUCUUGAAAUUACCACUUAUUCAAGAGAAGGAGAACCCCCAAAUUCAGAAGCUCUUCCGACUCAAGAGGAAACAAGAAAUGGGAGUCUCAUUCGCAUGAGAACACCUACCCUGAAUGGAAGGACUACUGGGGCUCUAGAAAAGGGCACAGGGAUUCCAGAGCAUCCCACGGUGCUGGAUGAAGAGACAUUCAGAAACAUGUCUUCCAAAACAUCGUUGAUUGGGGAGGAGAGAUGCACUACAUCAAGGAUGGAAAAUGGAAAUGGGAGUUCAGAAACCACAGAGUCCUCGGGAAAGAUGGCUGGCAGCAUACUCUCUGAUCCAGAAAUGCCUUUGUCACUAUGUGAAAAACCAGCCAAAACUUCAGAAGACCCAGCAUCCGUAGGACAGGCCGCUUGUGAAGGUAACCUCCCUCAGGUCUCCAGAAAAUGUGAUACAGGCCCAGAAAAAUGCACAUUUACACAUCCUGCACUACAGGUUGCAUUAAAUUUCGGAAGGUCACAGGACAAGGCUGCGUGCCCUCUUUGCCACACCCAGGAAGGAGACCUGCGUGGUGAUGCCUGUGUGCAAACUUCCUGUAGCUGCUCCAUUGCUCCUGGGGAUCCCAAGGCCUCUGGCAGACGCUCCAUAUGCUUCCAGUGUCAAAGUUUACUUGCCAGAAAGAGCCGCGAAGCCCAGAGCCCCCAGUCCCUACCACAGUGCCCUCGUCACAUGAAGCAGGUGCAGCUGCUUUUCUGUGAGGACCACAGGGAGCCCAUCUGCCUCAUCUGCAGGCUGAGCCUGGAGCAUCAAGGACAUCGAGUGCGCCCCAUAGAGGAGGCUGCGCUCGAGUACAAGGAGCAGAUCCGGAAGCAGCUGGAGCGCCUGCGAGAGAUGAGGGGAUAUGUGGAGGAGCACAGGCUACAGGGAGACAAGAAAACAGACGACUUCCUGAAACAAACAGAAACCCAGAAGCAGAAGAGUUCAUGUCCACUUGAGAAGCUCUACCAAUUCCUGGAGAAGCAAGAGCAGCUCUUUAUGACCUGGCUACAGGAGCUAAGGCAGACCAUCAGCAAGGUCAGAGAGACAUGCUACACCCGGGUUUCCCUACUGGAUGAGCUGAUUGGAGAGCUAGAGGCCAAGCACGACCAGCCAGAGUGGGAGCUCAUGCAGGACAUUGGAAUCACCUUGCACAGGGCUAAGAUGAUGUCUGCUUCUGAGCUGUUGGACACUCCUCCAGGUGUUAAAGAAAAGCUCCACCUGCUCUACCAGAAGUCAAAGUCUGUGGAGAAGAAUAUGCAGCAUUUCUCAGAAAUGCUGAGGUCUGAAAUGGCAUUCAGUGCUUCAGAUGCAGCAAAACAGGAAGGGCGACAGCCCAGCACCACACAGGUCCAGGGCUUGGUCCCCACCGUUCACCUAAAGUGUGAUGGUGCACACACACAAGACUGUGAUGUAGUAUUUUACCCAGAACAGAAAGCUGGAGGAUCAGAACCUCAAGAUUACCUUCAUCCUCAACCAGCUCAAGACACACGUGAGCUCCAUGAGCUCCAUUCCCAGAACAACAAAAGAAAAUUUAAAUCUUUGCUGAAAUGGAAACCUUCAUUCACUGGGAGCACCUUGGGAGAAGCCCACAGAUCCGCACUCCCAGCUAGGCAUUCUUCUUCCUGCAGUUACCGUGAUUUGGACCUAGCAGCUGCUCACCCAACCUCAUCUUCUCGAUGAUACGGAGAGUGUGAGAUUUGGAGACAAGGCGUACCUGCUGCCUGACAGUCUCCAGAGGUUCUAGACUUCCAUCACUACCCUGGGGACUCCCAGCUUUGACUCUAGCUGCCAUCACUGGGAUGUGGAAUUUGGAGACAAGACAGUUCAGGUCCCGGGAACAUGCAAAGCACUGGUGAGCAGGAAGGAGAAUAUAAAGUCUACAGAGAAUGGCUCCUGGAUGGUAAUAAUAGCAACAUAACAGGAAGGCACUUUUCUCCAACCUGUGAAUGAGGAUGCCACAAAGGAGGUGGGCAGCCUCCUAAACUACACAGCUAGGAGCAACAUGGCAUAUACAUGGACACUGUCUUCUCCCCUCCAGUUCCCAUCAACUUGCCUUUAACCCUGGGCCACAUGAUGAACAUAGCUCUUCUGGCCAUCAGUCCUGUCAGUGACCAGAUACUUCACCGAGUGCCCAACACUGUGCCGACAUUCUGGCUUCUGGUCUUAUGUGUCACGUUCAUGCACUCAGAAGUCAUCAACAAGGUGUCAUCUGGCAUAAGGGCUGUAACGGAUAGGAGAACAAUAUUAGGCUGGGUGUGGAGGUGCACACCUAAGAACCCGGGAGGCUGAGACAGGAUGAUGCCCGGGAGUGUGGGUCUAGCCUGAUGGAUUUCAGGUUACUCUGACUGUGGUCCAGCCUCCAUACAAAACGAAAGAAAAUAAUAGCGGUACUUGUAUUAUUUAGUACUACUACUGUUGUAAUAAAAUACCCUGAUAAAAGCA